GAAGAGAGCAAGGCAUCUUCAGUGGGCAACGCUCACUGGGUCGAACACAACACGCCUUGCUUCGGAAACAUGUGGCGAAAGGCAAUCUUCAUUUGCUGCUGCUUGGCGGUCGCCCUCGCCGAGCCUGAAGCGACAGAGGACCGCAUCGCGGAGGCUGACGCGUCGGCUUACGCCAAAGCGGAGUCGCAGCUGAUCGCUCCCAGAGAUCUCAUCUACAACCCCGAGCCACUCGGCGACAAGCGAUGUAGCCAGGAGGGUGACAUGUUCUACGUGCGUGCGGGGGCCGACUGCUAUAUUUGCGGCUGCUUCACAUACUACAGCAACCUGUACCCCAAAUGCGCGCGCUGCAGUAACUGCCCUGCCCCGACACCAAUACCAGCACCAGCGCCCAUCGUGAUCGACGACGGCCCUUGGAUCCUGCCGCGCCCCGCACCCGCGCCGGUACCCGUACCCCGGCCCAACCCCAACCCGAUAUGCCCACCCCCGAUAGUCAUCCCUGGGCCCCCGCGUCCGUACCCAGUGCCCGUACCUGUCCCAGGUAAACGCAUCUUGGUACCUGUACCGGUCCCCGUACCGUCGCCGCCGGAGAAGAUUUACAUCCGCGGACCCUCGGUACCUGUACCCGUGCCCUAUGAGAAGCAAGUGCCAGUCCCGUACCCGGUCAACAGGCCGUACCCGGUGCCGUCGCCGCCGAAGAUCGUAAAGGUCCCGUACCCCGUACCCGAAAUUAUUCCUGGACCGGAGAGAAAGAUUCCUGUACCGAUACCGGUGCCGUCGCCGCCCAUCAAAUUACCUUACCCCGUCCCGGUUCCCGGACCGGUGAGAGACGUGCCGGUGCCCGUACCGGUUCCAUCGCCACCAGUACCAGUUCCGUACCCAGUUAAUAGAUAUAUCACCAUCCCGGGCAAAGACAGAUUAGUGCCAGUACCCGUACCAGUGACACAAACCAAAAUAUACCCCGUACCAGUGAUAAUCUACGUAGCCCCGCUGUGUCGCGGCCAAAGACCUUUGGUACCGUUCCGUUUGCCUGGCUCCCCGUGCAAGAUCCAUGUCUGCAAGGUCAAAUACAACUACGUCUACAUAGAAACUUCUGACGAUCCUGUUUGCAGCUCACAGGACAUCUCGCCGCCGCCAAUUGAUAUAUGGCGUUCACCGUCUUCGGCAAAUGCAAAUGCUAACGCUUUAGCCAAUGCCGGCGGUUGGGGCUCCAACGCCAAUGCCAAUGCUCAGGCAAACGCUAUUGCAAAUGGAUUAAUAGGAGAUUCGUCUGCUAACGCCGCCGCCAAUGCCAACGCGUUCACUGGACUAAACCUAUUCGGAGGAAUAGGUGAGGGAAUUUCUCGAGCCCAAGCCGAAGCGAUAGCUAAUGCCGCGGCAAGAGGAGUCGGCGGUUGGUCUGGCGCCAAUGCGAAUGCCGCCGCUGACGCUGCGACCGGAGGAUAUGGAGGCUACGGCGGCUCGUCUGCCGAUGCUAGUGCUAUAGCGAAUGCUUUAUCUGGAGUUUACGGAGGCUUGGGUGGUUAUUCUAGCGCCGACGCGAACGCUAUUGCAAACGCAGCAGCUAGAGGAUUAGAUCGUUACGGUAGUUCCAGUGCAGAUGCCAAUGCCAUCGCGAACGCCGCGACGGGAGGAUACGGUCCGGGAGGAAUUUCUAGCGCUGACGCCAACGCCGCGGCCAAUGCUGCUACCGGAGGUUACGGUGGCAUCUCGAGUGCUGACGCUAACGCUAUAGCUAAUGCCGCCACCGGAGGAUGGGGGGGACACGGUGGAUCUAGCGCUGACGCGAAUGCUGUGUCAAAUGCUGUUACAAGUGGAUUUAAUAGACUCGGCGGCUGGUCGGAUGCUAAUGCCAACGCCGCAGCGAACGCUGCCACUGGCGGAUAUGGUGGAAUAGGAGGGUGGUCGAAUGCCGAUGCCAAUGCCGCAGCGAACGCCGCUACUGGCGGAUAUGGUGGAAUAGGAGGGUGGUCGAAUGCCGAUGCCAAUGCCGCAGCGAACGCCGCUACUGGCGGAUAUGGUGGAAUAGGAGGGUGGUCGAAUGCCGAUGCCAAUGCCGCAGCGAACGCCGCUACUGGUGGUUAUGGAGGUAUAGGUGGUUGGUCAGGUGCUGACGCCAACGCUGCAGCAAAUGCUGCUACAAGCGGAUAUGGCGGUUUAGGUGGUUGGUUGGACGCCGAAGCUAAUGCGGCAGCAAACGCCGCUACUGGCGGAUACGGUGGCUUAGGCGGAUGGUCAAAUACCGAUGCCAAUGCUGCAGCGAAUGCUGCUACUGGUGGUUACGGAGGUAUAGGUGGCUGGUCAAGUGCGGAUGCUAACGCAGCAGCGAAUGCGGCUACUAAUACAUACGGUGGACUGGGCGGCUGGUCUGGCGGAGACGCAAAUGCAGCAGCGAAUGCUGCGACGAAUGCGGCGUUGGGUGGCUACGGGGGGUACGGCGGAUGGGGCGGUGCUGAAUCCCAAGCGCAGGCUCAAUCCCAAGCGCAGACGCAGGGCUACGGAGGCUACGGCGGUAGCGAAGCUCAGUCGCAGGCGCAAGCGCAGACCCAAAACCAAUUAGGUGGAUGGCCAGGCUUCGGUGGUUCUCAAUCUCAGUCACAGGCUCAAGCCCAAACAUUAGCAGCAGGGUACAAAAGUGGCGAAGAGAGAAGAAAAAAGAGGCACGUCCUAUAAUUUAAUAAGGUAAAGUAAUAAUACAAUUUUUAUAGAAUA